AUGAACCAGCUGCGCCAUGUACUCCGUCAUAGCUGGGGUAGCGUCUAUGAUAAGACGUGGAAAAGUUCGCGAACUACUCGUCCAAAUUCGGGUAGCGGUAGGGGUAUCCAUGGGGAGGGGAGGGGAACUAAUGCAUUUGAUGUUUCAGUUUCGUCGUCUUCGGUUACCAGAGUUCCAGGUUGUGCUGUAAAGUCGGUGUUUUGUGAUUAUGGUAUCGUUGGAUCUCGUUCUUCUCGUGAAGUUGGCUCGUCGGUUGCAGGCAAUGCUAGGAGAAUAGAAGCUUGUGCUAAGAGAACUGAGAAUAGAAGUGACAGGAGAACGAACCGCGGCCAACAAGGUGGGAGAAACAAGAGUCGAUUCCCGAUGACAACUGGAAAGCCUGCAGCUGGUAAAGAAGCCCAUUUGGAUGACCCAUCGAAAGGAAAGAUAGCUGUAAAUGGUGAUCGUUUCCGACACGGCACUCUCCUAAGCCAGUCUCUUCGUCAAAACCAAAGCCGACAGGUCGUGCGAGGAUCAGCUCCCAUUACUGAUCAUGCCGCCACUCGCAACAGAGGUCGAUAUACCGCUUCUGGAAGACGUCGCACUGCUCCGAGUCCAGGCAGUUUUGGUGGUUUUUGUCGUACAAGAGGGGAGGUGUUGGAUAGGAACGUGAACCUUUACUAG